CACGGAGCUGGGACCUUACCACCUCUCUCUCUCUCUCUCUGGCCGUCAGCGGACUCCUUUCUCUGCACACGUCUUUCACUGAAAUGUGUGUGUGCGUGAAAAAGAGAGGAGGAAUAAAGCGUGAGUGUGCGUGUGAGGGUGCAUGUCCGGAGCAAGUAAAGGCAGAGGGAUUAUUCGGCGCUAUCGAAAUAUUUCAACACAUCGCCCUCGCAGCAGGACUGAAGCCAAUAAGAGGGAACGCAUUUUUUAACAGGAAUGCCGAUAUUGUAAACAGCAGCAGAAAGGAAAGAAUGCACCGCAGCCAAUUAAGUGACUCACCCUCGUCGCUUUAAUUCGACUAAUGUCCGCAAGACAGCGAGAUACAGAAAGGUGCCCGAUGCGCGUCAAUCUCUGAAGAAAUUCUCUCAACACUCGUGAAGAUUAACGAAAAGUCUUUUUUUUUCAUUUCCCUUUUCAGACUUUUGUCUAGAGCUACACAAACGCGACUGUGCAGAUUUGCCACCAACUUGUGGAAAAAAGUGGAUGCUUAUUUCUUCAAGCGUUGAACGUGGGAUUGUCUACGCUUCCCAACUUCAGAUAGAUUUCUUUUUCCUGUUGUUUCCCCCCUUUGCUCUUCUUGUGCGCAGGCUUCACAGUUGUAGUAAUACUGCUUCAAAUUCAACCAGUAGCCUACAUUUGGUACCUGGACUUGGAUGAACUUCCUGAUGAGAGAUCCAGUCAUACAAGGAUCGAGCAUGGCAUAUCAUCCGUUUAUACCUCACCGGGGUCCGGAAUUUGCCAUGAGUGCAAUGCUGGGUCAUCAGCCUCCCUUCUUCCCGGCCCUGGCGCUGCCUCCCAGCGGCUCCCUCUCUCUGCCGGGUGCGCUGGGAAAGCCGAUCAUGGACCAGCUGAUGGGAGCCGCGGAGACCGGCCUCCACUUCUCCUCGCUGGGACACCAGGCUGCUGCAGCCCACCUCAGGCCUCUGAAGACUCUGGAGCCUGAGGAGGAGGUGGAGGACGACCCUAAAGUUCACCUGGAAGCCAAGGAGCUUUGGGAACUCUUUCACAAGAGGGGCACUGAGAUGGUGAUCACGAAAUCCGGAAGGCGGAUGUUCCCUCCGUUCAAAGUGAGGUGUACUGGCUUGGACAAGAAGGCCAAAUAUAUUCUCUUGAUGGACAUUGUUGCAGCCGACGACUGCAGGUACAAAUUUCAUAAUUCCCGCUGGAUGGUGGCAGGGAAGGCCGACCCCGAAAUGCCAAAGAGGAUGUACAUUCACCCGGACAGUCCGGCUACUGGUGAACAGUGGAUGUCAAAAGUCGUCAAUUUUCACAAACUCAAGCUGACGAAUAAUAUCUCCGACAAGCAUGGAUUUGUAAGUUCAACUAAUACCAUCCUAAACUCCAUGCACAAAUAUCAACCUCGAUUUCACAUUGUGAGGGCCAACGAUAUUCUCAAACUGCCCUAUAGUACCUUCAGGACUUAUGUUUUUCCUGAAACGGACUUCAUUGCUGUGACUGCAUAUCAAAAUGACAAGAUAACCCAGCUGAAAAUCGAUCAUAAUCCAUUUGCCAAAGGAUUCCGUGACACUGGGAAUGGGAGAAGGGAAAAGAGGAAACAGCUGGCGCUGCAGUCCAUGCGCUCAUACGAGGAGCAGCAGAAAAAGGAGAACGGAGCUUCAGACGACUCCUCUGGAGAGCAGGCCUCCUUCAAGUGCUUUGGCCAGGCUUCGUCCCCUGCCGUGUCUACGGUGGGGCCCCCACACCUGAAAGAUUUCUGCGAGAGCGACGAGGACAGCGAUGACGAGAGCAAAGACGGUCACGUCAAAGAUGGUCCAGACUCCAGCAAGAUUUCCACUACCACGGAGGAUGGGAAGGAUCACGAGGCGAGCCCAACUAAGGGCCACCCCUUUGGUAACAGUGACUCCACCAGCAGGACCCGUGACAGCGGGCCCAGGACUGAGAAAAGCCAAGCAGACUCACGGCAGAGUCCCAUCACCGUCAUCUCCAGUACCACCCGCUCUGGAGAAGACCUCAAGAGCCCGAGUCGGGACCAGCCCAAAACUGAUGAGUGCAGGUCAAUAAGCAAGGACAGUUUCAUGCCUUUGACUGUUCAGACUGACAGUGCGCACUUAGGCCACAGCCACUUGCAUAAUUUUGGAUUUCCAACGGGUCUGACAGGACAGCAGUUUUUCAAUCACUUGGGGAGCGCGCAUCCGUUUCUCUUGCACCCCAGUCAGUUCAACAUGGGAGGUGCAUUCUCAAACAUGGCCGCGGGCAUGGGACCCUUACUGGCAGCCGUGUCAUCCGGGGGAGUGAGCACCAUGGACACAGCCAGCAUGGCAUCGCCUCCGCAAAGCUUGACGGGAGCGCCUGGCCUGCCUUUUCAUCUGCAGCAACACGUCUUGGCAUCACAGGGCAUUGCCAUGUCCCCCUUCGGCAGCCUGUUCCCCUAUCCUUACACGUACAUGGCAGCAGCCGCGGCAGCCUCGUCUGCUGCUUCCUCCUCGGUGCACCGGCACCCGUUCCUGAACGCAGUGCGCCCCCGACUCAGGUACAGCCCCUACUCCCUCCCAAUGACCGUACCGGACAGCACUCUGCUUACCACCGCCAUGCCCCCCAUGGCCGGCAGCGGAACCGAGCUGAAAGGGGAUGGCAUUGUCCCGGCUAGUCCCGUCUCUGCUGCUACCCUGGAUUCUACAUCGGAGGUGACCAGCCGCUCAUCCACCAUAUCCUCUGGCUCUGUUUCCAUGUCCCCAAAAACUUGCACGGAGAAGGACGCCGCCAACGAGUUGCAGAGCAUCCAGCGUUUGGUCAGUGGACUCGACUCAAAUCAGGACAGGCCACGGAGCGGGUCCCCCUAGGAAUUUUUUUUGUUCCCCCCCAUUCUCCUGCUUCUCGUUUCGUUGUUGUUGUGAUGAAGUGUUGACGGUGAUGAAGACAUUAACAGUAGGACGACACCCUCUUAGAAUUAACGCAGAGAAAAGAAAAGACAAAACACACAAACAAAAAAACCUAAACUAAAAAAAGAACUGUUGGACGUUUUAGUUUUUGAAAUGCACUUUGGUUAAAUACACAUCUGAUAUGUAGGCUUUUUUUUUUUUUUAAUUAAACCACACGUUUUUCCCUGUCAUAUGAAUACCAUACAAGUAUUGAAACUGAAAGGUCGGCAUGGAUGCGACUCACAGAUCUAAAGGAGAAGUUGCUGCUGUGUCCUGUCACCUAACUUUAUUAUCCACGUGGAGUUGCUCAGGCAACCGCAUUUGUUUUGUUAAUAUGCACUCUGAUUUGAUUUGACUUAUUUGAAUUCGCUACCAUUUAGCCUACCUUUUAAAGACUGCUGUAUUUUGUUAUAGCUUAUUAAUUAAUUGAACAACCUCUGCCGCCUAAUAUGCCCAUAGAUUGGUCAAAUGUUGCAUGUCCCCCUGAAGACUCUUAAUUGGUGUCAUUUCAACUUUAAAAUUGAAUCGAAAAACAAGGAAAAUUAUCUGUGAGGAACAUAUUU